AGCAAAACCUAGGGCCUCAUCGAUGACGGCGAGUGAAACGAUCGCCGCCGCGAUAAACGGCAUUGAUGAGAAAAAGGAAAAGCUGAAGAAAGCUUUCGACGAUCUUCAGGCGCACCGCUCUCUCCUCUCACCGUCUUUCUCGCUUUCCUGGUCUGAGAUCGACUCACACUUCUCCUCUCUCCAAGCCUCCCUCUCUAAACGUUUCCGUCUCCUCCAAUCUUCUUCGCCUUUGGCAAAUGACUCGUAUAGACUCGUAACUGCCGAUGCAGGGACGUCGUCGUCGGAGGCACCGGCUGUUCGGCCGGAGCUAAGAGCGUUGUGUGAGACGAUGGACGGAAUUGGUCUGACCAAGUUUCUGGUUGAUAAUUGGGAUGACGACGCGCCUCCUACUCUGGAGCUUUCUGCAGCGAUACGUUCCUCUUCGGAUCCAGCGUCUAUGGUGCUUGACGCAAUCGAGGGUAAGAAUCACACUCCUUCAUCAUCGGGGAAAUCAGUUGAUGUAAGGAGGGUCUUCGUUUUGUUAAUGGAAGCUUUGAUUGAGAUUGAUGCGAAUAUCACAGUUGAUACGAGAGAGAGGGCCAAGAGACUAGCGUGCGAUUGGAAACGGAGGAUAGUUGCCAAGCCUUUCGAGGCAUUAGUGUUUCUGCAUUUGGUCGCAGCUUUCGAAUUGGGAUCUGAAUUCAGCUCGGAGGAGCUUUCUGGUUACGUUCUCAUGAUCGCCAAGUACAAGCAAGCAACUUCGGUGUGUAACAAGAUUUGUUUAGAUAGCGAAAGAGUUGCAAGUCUCAUCAAGAAACUCUUGGAUUCUGGCAAACAAAUCUUGGCAGUCAAAUUCAUGUAUGAGUGUGGGGUGAGUGAUCGAUUCCAACCAAUCCACAUUUUGAAAACUUUUAUCAAAGACUCUAGAGAAGCUGCUCGUAGACGCUGCGUGGAAGAUAACCACUCUCUCAAGUCACAGAACGAAGCCACUGAUAAAGAAGUCAGUGCAUUGAAAGCAGUGAUCAAGAUCAUCAAAGAUCAGAACCUUGAAUCAGAGUUUUCACAGGAGAAAGUCGAGGAGCGUGUAGAAGAGCUGGAGAAACAAAAGGCGCAGAGGAAACGCAACGCCGCCAAUCAGCAGCAAGAGCCUCAACCAAAAAAAGGGAGAAAGCGUCCUCGUGAUCGCAGUGGGACACAAGCUCCAGUUCCGACUCAGCAGCCAUUUUGUGUACCAGAAGCUAGCCAUCAUGGUUCACAGUUUAACCCUUUUGGUCUUGUGAAUCCAGUUGUUGUCCCUUACAUGAAUCCUUUAGCUGGGCUCUAUGGUUCAGCUGCAACUCCUCAAUCUCUUUACUACGGGCAGCAAAAUGGAUUUGUGUUGCCAGGUCAAUAUCACCCAGCUUAUUAUUCUCAGUAGCAGCAGAAUUUCAAGAAAUAAAGCCUCUCUGUAGAAUGAAUGAUGGUAAAGAUCAAUGUAACUAUGGAUGUCUGACUCUGGACUUGGCUCCUCUUAAUACAGGAUAUUUUGUGUAUUGAGAACAUAUAAAAUCAACGACUCU